UUCAGAGAAACAAGCUCUGUUCUCAUGGCACGAGUCGGUACCGAUUAUAGUUUUAAACCUCCGAGGUUCUUCCUCGACAACCAACCACUCACGUUUUUUGAUCGGCGACAACCCAUGGAGGUGGAGAGUCUAUCUUGCAACCCCAAUAAUGGUGCAUGUCCCACGCUUGGCGAGCUCUUAAAGCGAGUUGGAGACGCAAAUGGCGACGACACUCCGACCCACCAGGUACUCGAGAUGGAGGACUCCGAACCCAGAUCGCUUCCUCUUCCUUUCGUUCUUUCCUUCACUAAUCUCACUUACAGCGUCAAAACUCGCCGGAAAAUGAGUUUCCCGACUUGUUUUCGUUGGAAAAACAAUAGGCUUGGAGCCUCCGCUGAUCCAGUGGAACAGAGUGAGAACAACAACUACUCCAACACUAAAAUCCUCUUAAACGACAUCUCCGGCGAAGCAAGAGACGGCGAAAUCUUGGCCGUUCUUGGAGCCAGUGGUUCAGGGAAAUCAACAUUGAUCGAUGCACUUGCGAAUCGGAUCGCUAAGGGAAGCUUGAAAGGAUCAACCACGUUGAACGGCGAACCUUUAGAGUCUCGGCUUCUGAAGGUUAUCUCUGCUUACGUCAUGCAAGACGAUUUGCUCUUCCCUAUGCUGACGGUGGAGGAGACGCUCAUGUUCUCGGCCGAGUUCAGGCUUCCUCGAUCACUUUCCAAGUCCAAGAAGAAAGCUAGGGUUCAAGCUUUAAUCGAUCAACUCGGUUUGAGAAACGCUGCGAAGACGGUGAUCGGCGAUGAAGGUCAUAGAGGUGUCUCCGGUGGAGAACGUCGCCGUGUUUCUAUCGGAACAGAUAUAAUUCAUGAUCCAAUCAUAUUAUUCCUGGACGAGCCAACUUCCGGGUUAGACUCAACGAGUGCGUUCAUGGUGGUGAAGGUUCUACAACGAAUCGCUCAGAGCGGAAGCAUCGUGAUCAUGUCGAUACAUCAACCCAGCUACCGAAUCAUUGGAUUGUUAGACCGUAUGAUCUUCUUGUCACGCGGUCAAACAGUCUACAGUGGGUCCCCUUCAAGUCUCCCCCCAUUCUUCGCCGAAUUUGGGCAUCCGAUCCCCGAAAACGAGAACCGGACCGAGUUCGCACUCGAUCUGAUCCGCGAACUCGAAGGAUCACCUGGAGGAACCAAGGCGUUAGUCGAAUUCAACAAGUCGAAUCGGAAUCUUCCUCGGAACGACGAUCCCGAUCGACAGGGAUUGUUAUCCCUGAAAGACGCUAUAAGCGCAAGCAUUUCAAGGGGGAAACUUGUUUCCGGAACUACCAACAACGAUUCCAACCCUACAUCCACGGUUUCAACAUUCGCGAAUCCGUUCUGGGUUGAAGUCGCGGUUCUGUCCAGGCGAUCCGUAACGAACACAAGAAGAAUGCCGGAAUUGUUCGGGAUCCGAUUAGGAGCGAUCUUGGUAACAGGUUUUAUCUUGGCAACCAUGUUCUAUCACCUCGACAACUCUCCAAAAGGAAUUCAAGAACGAUUAGGGUUUUUCGCAUUCGCAAUGUCGACGAUAUUCUACACCUGCGCUGAUGCACUCCCUGUUUUCCUGCAAGAACGAUACGUUUUCAUGAGAGAGACAGCUUACAAUGCUUAUCGCCGCUCCUCCUACGUCCUCUCGCAUUCCAUCGUCGUUAUACCCUCGCUGAUCUUCUUAUCGUUUGCGUUCGCCGCAACGACAUUCUGGGCGGUGGGUCUUGACGGCGGCGCAAAAGGGUUUUUCUUCUUUUUUGGAACUAUAAUGGCAGCGUUUUGGGCAGGGAGCUCGUUCGUGACGUUUCUCUCCGGUGUGGUUUCACACGUGAUGUUGGGUUACACUGUGGUUGUGGCGAUAUUGGCUUAUUUUCUGCUCUUUAGUGGCUUUUUCAUAACCAGAGAUCGGAUUCCAGUUUAUUGGUUAUGGUUCCAUUACAUAUCGUUGGUGAAGUAUCCGUACGAAGGGGUUUUGCAGAACGAGUUUGAUGAUUCGACAAAAUGUUUCGUGAGGGGAGUUCAGAUGUUUGAUAAUACGCCGUUGGAGGUGGUUCCGACGGCGAUGAAGGUGAAGUUGUUGAAGACUUUGAGUAGUUCGCUUGGGGUGAACAUAACCAGCACCACUUGUGUCACUACGGGAGCGGAUAUAUUGAUGCAGCAAGGUGUGACGGAUCUAAGCAAGUGGAAUUGUUUGUGGAUAACAAUUGCUUGGGGUUUUUUCUUUAGAAUUCUAUUUUACUUUUCGUUGUUGUUGGGAAGCAAGAACAAGAGGAGGUAGAAUGUAGAGAACGACAGUUAAUUGGUUAGUUGGUGGCGGGA